AGAGAUGGGGAUGAACCGAGGGGCAAACUGCCAAUAAACAAAAAAGAAGAAGUAGAAGAAGAAGAAAAAACUCCCCGUUUUUGACAACACUAUGGAGUUUAAACAGCACAGUAACCUUCGUCGGCGUGUUUUCAUGGUUGGAUUUAUUGCGUUUGUUCUCUCAGCCUCGGCGUUGGCCAUCGACAUCUUCACUAAGCCCGAGGUGAUAGUUAAGAACGGGACAGCGUGCGUGCUGCGCUGCACUUUCAAAUCCAACGAGGUGGUCAGUAGCUACAUCACCGCCGAUUGGAGCUUCCAGUCCAAUCAGCCCCACAACCAGUUCUUCAAGGCGCCCUACACGAUCUUUUAUUUUUUUGACGGAAAAGUGGUCGUGUCAUCCGAGUUUGAGGACCGGGUGCAGUUCAUCGGCGACAUUAACAAGAAGGACGUUUCCAUUCAGAUAAACCCAGUGCAGUUCGGUGACAAUGGCACAUACACCUGCGAGGUCAAGAAUCCGCCUGAUAUCUCUAGCACGUCGGCCCGAACGGAGUUGCGCGUGGUCCUGAGAGCCCCGGUGCCGGCGUUGGCCAUCAAUAUCUUCACCGAGCCCGAGGUGAUAGUUGAGAACGGGGCAGCGUGCGUGCUGCGCUGCACUUUCAAAUCCAACGAGGUGGUCAGUAGCUACACCACCGCCACCUGGUACUUCCAGUCCAAUCAGCCCGACAACCAGUUCUUCAAGGCGCCCUACAUGAUCCUUUAUUUUUAUGAUAGAAAAGUGGUCGUGUCAUCCGAGUAUAAGGACCGGGUGCAGUUCAUUGGCGACAUUAACAAGAAGGACGUUUCCAUUCGGAUAAACCCGGUGCAGUUCAGUGACAAUGGCACAUACACCUGCGAGGUCAAGAAUCCGCCUGAUAUCUCUAGCACGCCGGUGCGAACGGAGUUGCGCGUGGUCCUGAGAGGUGAUAUUUCAUGAGAAGCCCUAACGUAGGGAGUGCACCGAUCAUAAUUUUCUGUUUGAUUACCAAUUUUAGAAAAACCGUCAUCUGCCAAAGUCCUUUUUUUCCGCUCCUGAUAGUUUGAUAAAAGGCAGCAGCAUCUUGUUUUAUUGGAAAACAUUUAACCAAUCAACCAAUGCAGUUUUUUUAAACUGCUAAUGCAGUAGUGCUCAAAAAAAUUUUGAAAAGUCAAACUAAUGAAUUAUAACCUAAUUUACCCAAUUAAAACUGCACUAAUAUUUUGCUUUACAGAAAGAAAACCGGAGGGUUUGAGGAAAUGCAAUCGAGUUUCUCGAGAAGAAUCUAAAUUAUAUUACGUCUCUGAUGGUUUCAGAAGAACAAAAUACUAGGGCUGUCAAAAUUACCGCGUUAACGGGCGGUAAUUAAUUUUUUUUAAUUAAUCACGGUAAAAUAUUUGACUCAAUUAACGCACAUGCCCCGCUCAAACAGAUUAAAAUGACAGCACAGUGUCAUGUCGACUUCUUACUUGUUUUUUGGUGUUUUGUCACCCUCUGCUGGCGCUUGGGUGCGACUGAUUUUAUGGGUUUCAGCACCAUGAGCAUUCUGUAAUUAUUAACAUCAACAAUGGCAAGCUACAAGUUUAUUUUUUGAUUGAAAAUUUUACAAAUUUUAUCAAAAUGAAAACAUUAAAAGGGGUUUUAAUAUAACAUUUCUAUAACUUGUACUAACAUUUAUCUUUUAAGAACUACAAGUCUUUCUAUCCAUGGAUCGCUUUCACAGAAUGUUAAUGUUAAUACCAUUUUGUUGAUUUAUUGUUAUAACAAACAAAUACAGGCCUUAUGUACAUGUGCUAAUUUUCUUACGAAUGGAGUAUAUAAGGAUUGUGCCUGGCUGUAGAACUUGACUGAUACUUCUGCUUUUCUGUAAUUGCUCAGACUAGAGAACUAUCAGCCAGAUAUCUGUAACUGUCGAUUGCUUUGUUAAGGUCUGUGACUCUUCUUUAUUUAGAUUAGCAUUCAAUUUAGUGCUGCAAUGAUUAAUCGAUUAACUUGAGUAUUCGAUUAGAAAAAAAAUAUUCAAAUUAAAUUUUGUUGCCUCGAGUAUUCGUUUAAUUAAAGUGGCGUUGUAAUGGUUUAUUUUGAAAGUGUUUGCAUUUAGUUUUAUUGAUUAGGGUGGAUACACUGCCCUCUGGUCUGCCUCUUUUCACAUGGCUGAAUCCAACUGCUCACUGUUAAGACCAACGUAAGUUAAGUUUUUGUUUGAGCUAAUGUUUUUGAAUGCAUUCAUAAUUUAGUUUAUAGGUAUAUUUAGCCGUUUUUUUUUUUUUUUUUGUGAAUAUGUGUCUGCACCAUUUGUUUAGAGUGUUGUAAAAAAAAAAAAAAAAAAAAAGCAUUUUGUAGCAUUUAAGCUAGCGGACUUUUUCUAUGUAAGUUAGCCAAUUGUUCUUUUGUUUUACAUAGAUCCUCAUUUUUUAAAAUAAAUUUAUACCGUUUGAGGCUCAGCUCAGGUAUUUUAAUUUUUCAUGUUCCUUAUCCGAUUACUCGAUUAUUCGAACUAACUAGUCCAUCGAUUAAUCGACUACUAAAAUAUUCGAUAGCUGCAGCCCUAAUUCAAUUAUUAGUAUACUUCUCUUAUGAGUAACGAAUACGAUUAAAGAUAGGAUAGAGGAGUAAUCCGGUAUCUCUGGACCCUUAGUAGGGUCCCGGACCCUCACAGUUGGCAUUAAACCCUAACAAAUCCCAGGAAUCUGAACUACAGCAGUUUUGUUGAGAAGAAUGGGCCAAGAUUAGUCCUGAUGGAUGUGCCAGACUGAUCAGCAGCUACAGGAAGCAUCUGGUUGAAGUUAUUGCUGCCAAAGGGGGGCACAAAAUAUUAAAUGUGAUGGUUCACUUAUUUUUAUCCCUUCUGUCAUUGUUUGCAUACUAUCCUUAUUAAAAUAUGAAAACAUAUGAGUUUGGGUGGUUUUAGUUAAAGCAGACAGUUUUUUUCAUCUGUGUGAUUUUGACAAAGAUCAUAUCACAUUGGAUGGUGAUUUUAUGCAGAAAUGUGAGAAAUUCCAAACGGUUCAGAUACUUUUUCAUACCACUGUACCAACAUUUUUAAGUGUUGCCAGAGGUGCGUAGAGUAGCCAAAAAUUUUACUCAAGUAUUCAAAAUAAUAUUACUGAAGUAAAAGUAGUCAUCCAUUAAAUGUCAAGUACAAGUAAAAAGUAUUUGGUGGAAAGAAUACUCAAGUAACGAGUAACAUUGUGAGUAUACAAUGUUUGAUUUUUUUUUUUCCCCUCAGCAAUAAGUUAACUAUAUCAACUGUUAUUAUUAUACUUUGAAGAAAAAGACUAUAACCUAUAGUGCGGCAACGAGGAAAAAAACUUCAAAAAUUUUUUUUGCUGCUUCAAAGAUUCCUGUAAUUGGAGUGGCAUUGUGAUAGUUUGUUUUGAAAGUGUUUGCAUUUAGUUUUAUUGAUUUGGUUUGGCUCAUCUAAAAUGGCUGGAUCCAGCAACUCCGUUAAGACCAACAUAAUGUUGUUUGAGCUAAUAUGAUUUUUUAAGCAUAAUUUAGUUAAGAGGUAUAUACAGCCGUUUUUAAAUUGUUUCAAAGCAUUUUAUAGCAUUUAAGCUAGCGGACUUUUGCAAUGCAAAUUAGCCAAUUGUUCUUCUGUUGUACAGUGCUGGCCAAAAGUAUUGGCACCCCUGCAAUUCUGUCAGAUAAUGCUCAAUUUCUCCCAGAAAAUGAUUGCAAUUACAAAUGCUUUGGGAUUAAUAUCUUCAUUUAUUUUGCUUGCAAUGAAGAAACACAAAAGAGAAUGAAAGAAAAAAAAUCAUUAUCAUUUUACACAAAACUCCAAAAAUGGGCCGGACAAAAGUAUUGGCACCCUCAGCCUAUUUCUUGGUAUCACAACAUUUAGACAAAAUAACUGCGAACAACCUCUUCCGGUAUCCAUCAAUGAGUUUCUUACAAUGCUCUGCUGGAAUUUUAGACCAUUCUUCUUUGGCCAACUGAUCCAGGUCUCUGAGAUUUGAAGGGUGCCUUCUCCAAACUGCCAUUUUCAGAUCUGCCAAAGGGGGGGCACAAAAUAUUAAAUGUGGUGGUUUACUUACUUAUUUUCCCCCUAUGUAAUUGUUUGCAUACUAUCCCCAUUAAAAUAUGAAAACCUAUGAUUGGGUGGUUUUAGUUAAAGCAGACAGUUUUUUCAUCUGUGUGAUUUUGACAAAGAUCAAAUCACAUUGGAUGGUGAUUUUAUGCAGAAAUGUGAGAAAUUCCUGAAGGUUCAGAUACUUUUUCAAACCACUGUAUCACCAUUACAAUAUUUGGUCACACUCGUUGUACAGCAGGUAGAGCAGCAGAAAUAGUUUUAUAGAUUGUUCUAAGUUAACAUCAAUAUUAUGUAGAGUGCGCUGGAGAGUCAAGCGUUUGAAGGAAAAGACAAAGCUUUGCGUUUGCAAACUGAGUUGGACGUCAGCGAGCAGGUCCAGAAGGACUUUGUCAAGCUUUCGCAGACACUACAGGUAAUAAUUUGAAGACGGAUCCAAUUAUUUUUGACUGCAGUUUCUCCAGAAAUUCCAUUCUGUGUUUUGGGGGUCAUUGUGGACGGGUGCAGCUGGAACGAAUACGACUCAUUCUCAACAGUACCGACUUCAAUGACAUCAACCAGCUGCCGGAUACAUGAUAGGCAAAAGCUCUCGAACCUGUGAACAUUGGUGAUCCUCUUCUUCCUCCUCCUCUUCUUCCUCAUAACCAUCACGAAAGAAGAGGCAGGUAGGAAGGAGUGGCGGCGGCAAUUUGGGUACAUUCAAUGAUGGAGGCGCGUUGAAGAACACUACUAAAAAAAAUUUUUUUAAAAAGACGUGCAGACAGAUGGAAGUCCCAUCUUGUCUAUGGACGACAUCUUCCUACUGUAGAUAUGACUAUUAAUUCAAUUAAAGAAAUUGUCUGAUUAGCUUUAAACCAUCACAAAAGGGUGGUCUUGAAGCACUUUUUCCUUACCGGGUAACAACUUGGAUGCCCCCUCCCGCUCAAGAUCCUUCAUCUUCCAUAUUGGUAGAAUUUUUUCUUCCACAUCAGGAGUUAUCAAACUGGGUCCAGAGAGCAUGAAUCAUUCGCAACAAGUUAUUUAACAUUGAACAAGUUGUACAAGACAAAAGAUUACUCCUUACAUUAACUUUGAGGCAAUUAAAAUCUGAUGAUGACAUAUCACAUAUUUUCCAAUGUAACAUUUGUAAUAUUAAAAGUUGUUCAACUUCAUUUGUUUCUUUUAAUUUCAUUUUACAACUUUAUGUGGAAGAAUACAACUUUGUCAUAAGAUUUUGUCUCAGUGAUGCCUCGAGGUGUGAGUUUAAUUCAAAACACUGAUCUCAAAUCGUCUCCCUUUCAAAAAUGCACAAUAUUUGUUUAAAAUAAGUACCACUCUAUAAU